GAAGCGACUCUCGCACCUCAAAGAGCCACAACAUUCAGGAGCUCAUAAAAGAAGGCAGACGAGGUGAAUGAAACACUCUUCAGUCACAUAUCACAGAGUGGGUCUGGUCACGCCCGUGCACCGCAGCAGCAGCAACAGCCGUCCGCCGCGCGCAUCUGUCCGAGCAGGAGCAGACACACAGACCUGGCGAUGAUGGCGGACUGUGUUGGCUUUCAAGCGCAAAUCGCCUCGAUUAUAGAGAUACUGGCCAAUUCGGCAGUGGCGGAGAUCUGCAAACUGGUGGACGAUGGCUACGCGGCGCUGCGCUCUCAGAUGGACCAGGAGCGAGAGAAGAGCGAGAAGGAGAACGAUGCCCUGCGGCAGAAACUGCGAGAAAUCGACGUGAAGCUGCGGAGCUACGAGAGGAAGAUGAGGAGACGGAGUCAGCGGGAGGAAAUGCACGCCGUUCAUUUUAGGCCACCCGAAGGAGCUGACGAACAUCAGCCUGUGGUGCCACCUCUUCCUGUCGCCGCUGAAGACAAACCCUUCCAUCACAUUUCAAAGCAGGAGGAGACCAACAUGUUGCCUCUGGUGAAGCAGGAGAAAAUUGAGAGAGAUGACUGCAACCCGGACCUCAAGGUGGAGGUCACCAUCAGGGCAGAGUGUGGCCUGUCUACCGCCAUGGAGCCCAGUGAGGAACCCCCUCCCAGCGAUAUUGUUCUUGACACCAGUGUCACCAACAUCACCUCCUCCACCACUCAGACCUCCUCGUCCCCCACUGAUGCCACAAUGGACCUGACCUGCAGGCCUCGAGCGAAACGUAAAGCUACAAUGCCUCUUGGCAACAGUUUGACAGUCAGCAGUGGGGUGGUCACCACCCCUGAGGCUGCUCGCAGGGACCUUGGAGGGAGCCUAACGGAUGGUGCUCUGAAACCAGAGAUACAGACAGACAAUACCACAGAAGAUGAACUUCAUCCCUCUCAGCUGUCAGCCCCAGUAGCCUCAGAUGAGCCCAGUCCUGAACGUCUCAACAGUCUGGGCCUGGACUUGGCCUGGAUGCAGGAGAGAGUCAGCCAUCUUGGUGCAGCGUAUGCAGUAGCACAGCUGGGUUUAGGGAACACUGAAACUGGCCACCCCUCUGCCUCCUUCCCCACGCAGGGAGGAGGAGACAGUCUAGAUGGCCCUCCGACCAUGCUCUUCACAGGUGGUGCUCAUGAAAUGGCUGCUUUCGCUGCCUCCUUCGACAUGGCUGCUGCCGCAGCGGCUGCUGCUGCGGUCGUGGCUGCACCACCUCCACCACCUCCUCCACCCCCUCCCCCUACAGCACCUUCUGCCACCACGACCAGCCAGAGGCGGCCUUACAGGAGCAGCUCUGCUGCUGCUAAAGAGCCCAUGGUGUGCGCUGUGUGCGGGCGUGUCUUCCCCAGUGCAGCCGCCCUGGAGCUGCACCAAAGGGUGCACACAGGGGAGAGGCCCUACACCUGCCCCCACUGUGGAAAGGGCUUUGCCCAGCCCAAUAACCUGCGGGUCCACCUCCUCAUCCACACUGGGGAGAGGCGCUAUCGAUGUACACUGUGUGGAAAGAGUUUCAUCUCAUCCAGCCACCUGAAGAGGCAUCGCACAGUCCACACGCAGGAGAAGCCUUACAGCUGCUCACGAUGUGGACAGUCCUUCAGUCAAAUGUGUAGCGUUCGCAGACACCGGCAGCAGUCCCAGUGUGGCCUGUAGACUGACUGCUGGAGGAGGUGGAUGACAUCUGGAAGUGAUCCUUGUACAGUCUGGGCUCUGAAGGAUGAAUGAUUGAAAUCCUUUACAUCCUUUACAUAUGAAUUCUAGCAUCUUAUGUAAGCACGAGAAAAAAAGCAAGGCUGUAUCCUGUGAUAUCAUGGCACGUACAGUUGAUAUUUGUCCUAGAUCAUAGCAGUGAUAUGUGAAUUCUCUUUUUGAGGCAGAAUUCCCCUAAGGCCCUUUCAACCUUUUCCCACUCGUUUUAAUCUGAGAGAGGAUCUCAGAGUGGACUGUCAAAGAGUGCCUGAGACAGUGUUGAUAACACUUAAUCCAUCAAUUGUCAAUUAAAUGGUCUUGUUUGUGUUUACAUAGCUAAUACACAUGGGCUGAUACCGGAGGAGAGGGUCCUGGAUUAUCCUGUAUCAUGACUGAUGGUGAUGGUACACAGUGUACCUGCACUGUCCACUGACCUCCAAGUGAAACAGGAUGAACAGACCCAUAUUUUGAGCACCUGACAGCUCGACAGUAUUUAUGUAAUGAGGUGACUUAUAAAAUUGACCUAAAAUACAUUUAAAAUUCAUUAGGCGUUUAGCACGUUAUUGACAAAUAACUAUUCUUGCCUUAUCCUUCUGUGAGUUCAAAAGCCAGACUCACAUUUCCAGACACUUCCAACUUUUGUUGUUUUUGCAGAACUGAUGGCACAACUAGAUUCAGUUUCUCACACUGCAUAGUGUUGAUAUUAAAGGAUGCUGAGAUGUCCUCAGUAGGUUUUUUUUAUCUGGAGGCAGAUUGACUGAGGCAGAACCAACUCCAAAGCCGUCUUAGUGGCAUGUUGUAUUUUAUGUAGUCAACUAUGAAACAAUGAACAGUAGAGAAUAUGAAAACAACAACAACAACACACUGUGUCAGCUGUCCCUGCAUCCUUGGUCAAGGUACGUAAUUCAAACAAGCUAUUAUAAGCUGUUAUAGGGUAUAUGGUUGCCAUUCUACAUGUACGGUUACAAGUAAGCGAAUGCAGGCAAGUGUCCAUCACCUGCUGAGGCUAUAUUCGUGCUGAAUGUGGGCGGUCCUGGUUGUGACGUGCAUGGAAAGCUAACUUGCUAUCAAUGUCUUCUCCACACAUACUUAUGUGCUAUUGUUUGAGGCUGUGACUUCGCAGGUCAAAAUUGAACUCAUGAACACGUGAAGAAGCUUUUUCAGUUCAGCUUCUUGGAUGAGAGGUGAAACGUCCUCAAGAAAUGCAAGCAAGUCCAGUUGCCUACGAUAUAGCACUUAAGAUUACCAUUAAGGCUCAUUUAUGCUCCCUUUACGUACAAAAAUGUAUACGUCCAUUUCAAACGAUGUUACCGUCACUGCCCACAUACUUCCAUGCGCCCUUUACGUUGGCAUGGAUGUUAAGAAUUCUUUUCUCUAGUACUGCCGAUGAGAGAAAUUGAAUUGUUAUUUCUUCUUCGUGUCUCACUAGAGCUACGUAUCGGGUAGUGACAGCAACACUGCCCGCACGGUGCCCGGUGGUACUGCUCCGUUUGGCCCGUAUCCGUAAGCUUUAUGAAAACGUGCAGAAAUACGGACGAAAUGAACGCGGAGCACGGACAGAAGGCUCCGUCCAGAUCCGGAUCCGUAUUUAAAGUUGAGCAUAAAUGGGCCUUAACCUGGAUGAGUGAGAAUCUUCACCGACAACCAAUUAGCAAUUAUUCGCCCCGUUUGCAUUGAAUUGAAGAUAGGCAAAUUUUAGCCUGUGUUAAUUUCACUCAUGUUUGACCACACCCUUAAGAACUUUCUUUACUGUCAGCUUGAGAUGUAUUGGUGACUUGCUUGCUAAUAAGAUACAACAUAAAAAAUAAGGCAGCUUUACUGCUUUAAUUUACUGUCAGGAAUUGUUUUUGAAGUUAAGACGAAGCUAGCUAGCAACAACUGCUUCCACCUGCCUCUAGGCUUUGUGCUAAGCUAGGCUGACCACAUCCUGGACCUGUCUCUUUACUGUCCGCUAAAAAAUGACCAUAUCAUCUUCUUUUCUGACUGUGGGUAAGACGACAACUAAGUACAUUCUGCAAAAAUGUCAUACUCUUCCUUUAAAGCACUUUAAAUGUUUGUAUAACUAUUCUUUAAGCCAUGGGCAGAAAUUGGAGGCAGUGCUGAUACACCAUUUGUCGCCUAUUUCUUGAUAUAUUUGUCGCACAUAGUCCACUCUGUUCCUCAUAUUGUUAAAGUAUCUUUAAUGAGUGGCCUUCUCAAGGCAGCCUGGUGUUGAAUGGUAAAUGUUGGCAGUUGUUGAAUAAAUUGUGUAGUGCAGGCCUGCGCCUUCUCCUGUAUGACCGUGUUCAUGAGUAUAUCAGUCCGACACAAUGGCCAGAAAAACUGUUGGUAUUGUACGUUACUGUAAGCCACAGAUACGUUACAUGUGCACUUUAGGUUAUUUAGGUUGAUGAUACAUUGAAACUUAACAUUUAAUGACACUGCAGUUAACAUUUGGUUAGGUUUAGCCACAAAAACACUUAGUUAUGGUUAGGAAAAGAUCAUGUUUUGGCUUAAAUAACCUGGUUUGAGGGGCACAAUCUCGGCAGGGAAAGCAGUGAUUUCUCAAUAAAGUCUCGAACAGUGGUGUCUCGCCUAGGUGUCAUGCCAGUAUCAUCCCCUCCACCUCCAGAUGACAAAGUCAGCUUGUAAACUGAGCCUCUGUAGAAAUGCUGAUAGGACCUGUAUGAAAUGUACAAAUGUAAUGUAUUCAUGGAUUGCAGAAAUGUACAAUGCCAACAUUUUCUUCUGGUAGCUGGACUGCUGUCACACUGAUUUUCAGUGUAUUUUAUUAUGUCCUCAUUUCUUAAAAUUAGAGGGGAACAUGUCAUAUGCUGUUAUCCAGAAGUUUGACCUCAAGCUUUGUUUACAGAAUUGGGCAGUGACAACAGAAUAUUUCAUUUCUUAUUUUUUAGAUACACAGCCCAGUGGAUGCAGGCCUGCAGUGUUCCUUAAUGUUUCACAGGUUGAACCCUGAGGUGUAACAGUCGUUUUAAUGUCAAUCAUUCUUUGUUCUCAAUUAAAAAUCAAAGAACAAAGGUCUGUAAAAAGGUGUAAAGUAAAAACAUAUAUAUCAGAGAGUCGUGUUUGUAUGUGUAGGUGUUUGGAUGUAAUUGGCACUAGCUGUAGGUUGCACAGCUAACAAAAAUUUUGCCUUUUAGUACUCUUUCAUGACAUGUUCCGGUGUUUAAAAAUGUAUGGGUAUCAUUAAACAUGAAAAAGGUUUGCAAUGAACUUGGCUGUGUUGUUGGCAUCAUUUCUGUAGUGUGAUCUCAUUUAUAAAAGGACUGCAACUUCUC